CACAUCCCCCUUGAAGAAUCAGAACGAUGAUUUGUAAGACAGGGGUCCAUUCAACCUUCCAUAUUCUGCAGAACUCGUCGUGUGCCGUGGCUCGAUCCACUUUCACACUGACAAAUCAAGUGAUUGUUUGUCACUAUAUAAACAUCACAUAGCGUAGACUUGCCAUGGCCCAUUCAACUUUAGCGAAGAGUUUCGUGCUCCAAGGAUGUCCGAAAUGGCCUCGCCCACCCGCAAGUACAUCAACAAACUUAGCGGUCAGCAUGUUCUCGUUCUCGGGGGAACUUCUGGAAUUGGAUUCUCCGUGGCAGAAGCGGCACUCGAAAAUGGCGCCAGUGUGAUCAUCUCUAGCUCCAGUUCCGCGAAGCUCGAACGAUCAGUCAGGAGACUUCAAGAAACGUACCCAGAGCUCAUGUCGACGCAACGUGUAUCCGGGUAUGUUUGUGACCUAGCCAAUACGCACGAUCUCGAAGAAAACCUGCGCCGUCUCCUAGAUGAAGCGACUGCAACUCAGAACGGAAAGCUCAAGUUGAACCACGUUGUUUUCACGGCGGGCGAUGCAAUUCAACUUUCCUCUUUGGAUAAGACUACAGCGGAAGCUAUCCAAGCAUCUGGUGUUGUGCGGUUCGUCGCGCCUCAGAUUCUGGCCAAACUGCUACCAAGUUACAUGGAACUUUCCCCUGUCAACUCAUUUACAUUGACUGGGGGCUCGGUCGCACACCGCCCUAUCUCUGGAUGGUCUACCAUGUCUGGUUACGCGUCGGCAAACGAAGGGCUUGCGCGUGGACUGGCGCUGGAUUUGAAGCCCUUGCGGGUCAACGUGGUGGUGCCAGGCGUGGUGUAUACGGAAAUAUUCUCUGGAUUUCCAGAUGAGGCGGUUCAAGCGAUUUUGCAAAAUGCACGGGAGAAUAACUUGACGGGGACUGUCGGUCGCCCAGAGGAUCUUGCAGAGAGCUAUAUCUACCUUAUGAAGGAUCAGUACGUCACGGGCUCUGUUGUGGCGUCGAACGGGGGUUCAUUGUUGGUAUAGAUAUCUAGUUAUCUGGAGUCUCAAUGUUCAGCGGAGCAGAGACAAGGGACCCCAAAGAUAAUUCCUACUUGUUAAUAUAAGAACAUCAAAAAGAAGUUGCCAGAGCAAGAAAUCCCCGUGUCCACAUCGUGCAAAUGCAAGGAGAUUGUGCUUUCCAUAUGUUCGUUUGAUGAACAAUCGAAGAA